AUGAACAUAUCCUGCCAACGUCGACAUACUGAAAUUAUAAAAGACAAUAGCAGCGGAGAUAAAGUCGUGCUGAAAUUACUGAUCCCCAAUUACGCUGCUGGCUCGAUCAUAGGAAAAGGUGGAGAUGUUAUUAAUGACUUGCAAAACGAUUCCAAAACUAGGAUUCGUUUAUCGCAUAAUAAUGACACUUUUCCUGGCACCAAGGAACGUGUCAUUGUUAUAACUGGUAGUAUUGCUGGCGUACGCCAAGUAAAUCGAUUCAUUUUAGAGAAAGUCAGUGAAGAAGGUAAAGCUGAUAAAGCAAUUCAGUACGGUGUACUUGAUAAGAAUCGUAAUAGGCAGUUAAAAAUGAUUGUACCCAACGCUGCUGCUGGUGUCAUUAUUGGCAAAGGUGGAUCUAAUAUCAAAGAAAUACAAGAUAAAAGUGGCGCGCACGUCCAAGUAUCCCAAAAAAAAGCACAAUAUGCCAUUGAUGAAAGGAUUUUAACCGUCACUGGUGAAUUUAAUGAGAGAUUAACUGCUUGGGAAUUAAUUAUUUGGAAAUGCCUAGAAGACAUCAACAAUUUGCCAAAUACAUCAGUAUCGUAUAGCCACGUAGAACCAGCGGGUACUCUUCCUGCCCUCCAUAGUAACUACUAUGGUGGUGGUAACGCAAAUGAUAGACCGAUGGACUCGAGUGCAGCUAGCUAUGACCCUUACACCAGUGAAAGAUACUCGCCAACUCAAGUUACACAAGAUGCGCAGGCUGAUCGUCAAUAUGGAAUGCAAUCCUAUCCUCCCACUGCUAGAAAUAAUCGACCUAGCAGUUACGGUGAAACGGUCAUUAAAAUUCCUGUUCCUGAUAGUAUCAUUGGAGCGAUAUUGGGUAAAAGAGGCAAAGUUAUCUCUGAUAUACAAAAUAUUAGCGGUGCACAUAUUCAAGUAUCACAGCGAGGAGAUUACAUUCCAGGCACUAAAGAUCGCGAAGUUACCGUUACGGGGACAAAUGAUGCAGCUCAUUAUGCAGAUAAAUUGAUAAAAGGUUAUCUCGAUAAAGAAUACAAAAAACAAGCUUCAAAUUUUGUCUCUCCACAAAAUUAUUAG